AUGUCAAACAAGGUAGAGCUGAACAAAUAUGGACGACCCGUAGGAUGGCAUGGGCAAUCCUGGGCGUACUACAAAGGGAUGAUGAAACUGACCUUUGAGGAAAAGGAUGUGCUGGAUUAUGCUACGGGAAACAAGAUUCUCGUAGGUAACGCAAGUGCAAACGAAGUGAAAGCGUUUCGAGAGGCACAAGUAACAAUCAAGCAGCUUAUUCUUGCUUCCCUAUCCAUGGAGUUGGGGCAGCGUGUGAUGACGAAAGCAACUGGCACCGAAAUGUGGAAAUACUUAGAAGACUUUUACGAGGGAAAGACUAAUGCUGCAACGAGAACAAACCAAGAAAUUAUUCUUUACAACAAGUUAAACGCGAUGAAGUGCAAACCUACUUAG